GAGCUUCACUUCCCUGUUUCCGCUACUGGUUUGAAGUUUGAAGAAGUUCAAGGUGCAACAACUUGUUUAUCUCACUGUCGCUGUCUCUCUAGAAAACCAGAAGCUAUCUGCUCUGAUGUUAGACAAGAAGAAACAAGCAUGGAGGAAUCAUCAUCUUCCCUUUCGCUCAAGGACCGGGUAGCAAUAGUAACUGGCGGCUCUCGUGGAAUUGGCUGUGCCAUUGCCAUUCACCUCCAUUCUCUUGGUGCAAGAGUUGCACUCAAUUAUGCUUCAAACUCUACACAAGCUGAUCUUUUGGCAUCUGAACUGAAUGCCUCUUAUACUCCUGAACAUACCAGAGCAGUUGCUAUCAAAGCUGAUGUUUCGGAUCCUAAGCAAGUCAAGCUACUCUUUGAUAGAGCUGAACAAGAAUUUGGCUCAAAGAUACAUAUCCUUGUCAACUGUGCUGGUGUGAUGGAUCAAAAGUAUCCAACCUUGGCAAAUACAACAAUGGAGGAUUGGGAUAGCACAUUUAAUAUCAACACUAAAGGAUCAUUCCUCUGUUGUCGUGAGGCAGCCAAUCGCAUGACACGUGAAGGUGGUGGAAGAAUCAUAAUGAUCUCCACCUCUCUCGUGGGAUCUCUCCUACCAGGAUACGCAGCUUAUGUUGCUUCCAAGGCAGCCGUUGAGGCUAUGAUGAAGAUAUUGGCCAAGGAGCUCAAAGGCACAAGAGUAACUGCUAAUUGUGUUGCUCCAGGACCAGUAGCCACAGAGUUGUUCUUUGCUGGUAAAACUGACGAAACCAUCAAGAGAUUUGCGGAUGCUUGCCCUUUAGGUCGAUUAGGUGAGCCCAAGGAUAUAGCAGGGAUAGUGGGAUUUUUAGCUAGUGAUGCUGGAGAGUGGAUCAAUGGGCAGGUAAUCAGAGUCAAUGGAGGAGUUGUUGUUUAAACAGCGUCAUGCUGCUCUCUCUCCUUUUCUUUUCCUCUUUGAUCUUGAUGAAUGGAUUUUCCCCCAUGUUUCAUAGUAUUUUUUACCAAUAAAUAAAUAGCACUGGA